ACGAACAUAUAUUACUCAGUUAUUGCCGUCUAGGCGAGCUCGAUUAGUUUUGAUUAAAAUUUCAGCGAUUAUAUCUCGGGGAAUUUGAGAAAAGAGCUUCGCGAGGGGGGGCGGGGGGAGGAGAAAACUAGUUAAGCGCGGUCGGAUCGUUUGAAUUCUUAUCCAGAGUUUUAUAAUCUAUCGGGGAAAAUCGAGGCCAUCGUGAAGUUGGUAGAAUAUAUCAGAAGUGUGAAACACGGGUAUUCAAUUUUCUUCAACGUUCACAUUUUUUUGUGGGGGAAAUGUUUUUUUUUUUUUUUUUUCUCAUCAUCGCAACCGCAGAAUCGUCAAUCUAUUUACAUUUUUCGCAGUAGUAUGUUUGCGACGAUAAAUUAAACCGUCAAUUCGGUCGUACGGAUUUUGAUUGAAUUUUUUCUGCCGUUCGUUUUUUUUUUGUUUGUUUCCUUUUAAUUUUUCCCCCCGGAAAAUGGCGAAAUCAUCUUCGGGAGACGUGCGGAGAUCGCGAAAGUCGAAGACCGUCGGUAAACGGGAGGGACGAGUUGGUACGAAUUUUCGCCGAACUCCGGUCAAGCGAAAAUCGAGCUCGAGCUCCGUCUACGGUAGCGGCGGUCGAAGAUACGCUCUUUCGGGGGAAGCGCAAAAAAUUCUAUCCACGGUACUCGAAGACAUGAUCGAGGAGACUCUCGAGGACGCUCGCAAACUGGCUCAAAACGUAGGGAAGAACAAGCUGUCCGUCGAGGAGGUGGAGACGGCGAUGCUUAAUUUUUGUCAGCGCAUGCAUCCGCGUGCGAACAACGGUUGCGGCGAUAACAACCCUCUCGAACGCGACGGCGAACGCCCGGAGCGGAAAUCCCGGCAAGAAAAUCACGAGUGCUCGCAGCAAAAAACGACCUAACUCCGUCGAUGUGUGGAACGAAAAAAUGAGGAAUCCGCUCGUCAAUUUUUGUAUCAUCUCUAACCGAUCGUUCGUCAAUAAAUUACGAUGAGUAACGUCCGUCGCGAAUUCCCCGACGAGGACGAGACGAUCGAUUCUAUUUCCAGGUGUAGGUUAUACGAGAAUUCUCGACUAUAUUCGAGCGAUUUUCGGUACGAAGUCGAACUCUCUCUCCUCGUCCAACGAAGGUAACGGCGAUGUGAAACCUCAUCUGGGGAUUAUUUGUUCGCGCGUAUUCGCUCGCUCGAAAAAGUGCGGGGGACACACACAACGAUAACCCGGAAUUCGCCACCUUCCUCGCUGGAUCGCAUUCUAAGAAUUCGCCGUCCCCGGCCUUGAAACUCCAACGUUUUUAUACCUGCGGGUUCACCUGGACCAGUUUUCGGACGGUCAUAUAUACGUGUGUAUAAUAACCCGCCGAGUGAGUCACUUUCUGCAACGUAGAACAGGCUCGACAUCCGCGAAAACGGACAAUGGAACUUUAAGGGUAUAAUGAGUACACGCGGUGUUUGAAAAGGACGACAUUUAGCGAUCUCAAAUUUUAAUCCGAUCAAA